AGCUCGAUAAAAAACCACUACAAUAUUCAUUCCUAAAGACGAAAUCAUUAUGAAAUUAUAUACAUCAAUAACGAAAUAUUAAUUCAUAAAAUAUAAAACAUAAAAAAAAAAUUUAUCAAAAUCAACAUGUGUAAUAUCAAUCCACCAUGUUCAUCUAUACCUUGUGGCCCAUGGGGUCCUUGUGAUGGAAGUAAAUUCAUUACUAAAAUUUGUAUAAGUAAACCAAAACCUUGUCCACCUCCACCAAGUAUAUAUUGUGUUCCACAUCCACUUCCUUGUCCACCACCUUGCACACCUCUCCCACCAAUUUGUGGUAUCUACGAACAAGCCAUCCGUAAACCUCGAUUACCUUGCCCACCUCCGUGUCCACCGAGAUACCUUGAGUUCGGUCAUCCACCUUUACCACCCUGUCCACCACCCUGUCCUCCAAGAAAAGCACCUUGGCCUGUAUGUUUACCCUGUAAUCCCCGUGUGUGAAUAAUCUUAACUUGCUUGUUAUCCCUUUCAUUAUUCUGAAGAUUAUAUAAUAAAAUUAUUAUAAUAAUUAU